CCCCGCCCCCGCCCCGCUAGCCCCGCCCCCUGAGUCCCCAGCCGCCCUGCCCCGCGCCCGGAUCAGCUGCUGCUGCGAUGAGCUCAGCUGGGGGCCGCGUAUGGAGGAGGAAGUGGAGGAACAGCCCCAGGGCUGGCUGAGCGGCUGGCUCCCUGCCUGGCGCCCCACGUCCAUGUCCCACCUGAAGAACGUGGAGGCCCGGAUCCUGCAGUGCCUGCAGAGCCGGUUCGUGGGGCGGUACGUCACCCUGCCGGGCCGGGCGCGCGUCUGGACCGUCUCGCUGUGCCCGGAGCAGGGCGAGGGGCGCACCCCCCUGGUGCUGGUGCACGGCUUCGGGGGCGGCGUGGGGCUGUGGGUGCUCAACCUGGACCGGCUCGGGGCCCGGCGGCCCCUUCACGCCUUCGACCUGCUGGGCUUCGGGCGCAGCUCCCGGCCCCCCUUCCCCCCCGACGCCCAGGGGGCCGAGGCCGAGUUCGUGCGCUCCAUCGAGGACUGGCGCCAGCAGCUGGGCAUCGGCAGCAUGAUCCUGUUGGGCCACAGCCUGGGGGGCUUCCUGGCGGCCUCCUACAGCCUGACGUACCCCGAGAGGGUGAAGCACCUCAUCCUGGUGGACCCCUGGGGCUUCCCCGUGCGCCCCACCGACCCCAGCCAGAUCCGACCCCCCCCAACCUGGGUGAAGGCCAUGGCCGCUGUCCUGGGGCGCUCCAACCCCCUGGCUGUGCUGAGAGUCGCUGGGCCCUGGGGCCCUGGCCUCGUCCAGCGCUUCCGUCCUGACUUCAAGCAGAAAUUCGCAGAGUUCUUUGAGGACGACACCAUCUCGGAGUACAUCUACCACUGCAACGCCCAGGCGCCCAGCGGCGAGACGGCGUUCAAGGCCAUGACGCAGGCACUGGGCUGGGCGCGGCGCCCCAUGCUGGAGCGGAUCCACCUGCUCCCGCGGGAGCUGCCCAUCACCCUGAUCUACGGUGCCGAGUCUUGGAUCGACACCAGCACCGGGCGCCAGGUGCGAGAGCUGCGGCCCCACAGCUACGUCCGGCACCUGGCCAUCGCCGGCGCCUCCCACCACGUCUACGCCGACCAGCCCGCUGCCUUCAACGCGGCCGUGCAGGAGAUCUGCGACUCCGUGGACUGAGGGGCCGGGCCGACCCCACCCAACGCGGGGGCCCAGACCCCCUCCCCGGCCACCUAGGCUCCUUCGCCGCACCCGGAGCCCGGGGCCCCGAGCUGGGGGCGGGGGGGACGCAUCAAGCUUGUGCUGAUGGAGGGUUUUAUUCCUCUGUCUCCUGGGCUGAUUCCUUCCCCCCUUCCCCUUUGCUUCUCGCUCUCCUGGGCUGUCCCCUCCCCUGUGGCGGGGGAGGGGGGGACACGGGGGCCUUUCCCCCCUAGGGUGCUAGAUGUGAUCCAGCCCCAGGGCGGGGGAGGGGGAAAUAGAGCCCCCCCCCCCCAGCCAUCCGCAUCUCCCUCUGCUCUGUGACCCUCCUGAUGUGCCUUAGGCUGCUGCAGCCACCUCUGGGGCACGAGGACCCCGUGGUCGUGUGCGCGACGCACGGGUUUGAAUGCACGUGGCUGGCAAGCUGCCAGGGGUCCUUUGUCCCUGUUGUGCCCCCGUCAGCCCCCCAGCCUGUGCGGGACUGAACAGCGCGGCCGGCGGCCCUGUCCCAGCUCUGCCCUGGGGCUCGGCCGCGAUGCUGAAGCCCAAGGGGUGGUGCCCCGCUGGGGGCCGGCUGGGACCGUCUAACGGUGCCAUGUUCUGAACCCGUCGGCUCCCCCGCGGGCCAUGCCGCGGAGCUUUGUACAGGAACCCCCCUUUGUGCCAAGUUUCUACCUUAAUAAACAAAACAACACUGGAAA